ACAGUGAGCUGCCAAAGAGGAAGUGCAGCUUGUUUUCUUUCAUUUUCUUGAUUCCUAUGCUGUAGGAAGAUGAAAGGAGACGGAGGAGGAGGCAACAGCGGCAGCCAAACUUAAUAAAUAAUUCUGACGAUUCCUGAUAUCAAAUGGAGGCUCCUGAGUGGGACUCACUGAAAAAUGACACCUUGCCACCGACCCUGACGCCAGCUGUCCCUCCGUAUGUGAAGUUGGGCCUGACCAUUGUAUAUACUGUUUUUUAUUCACUGCUUUUUGUGUUCAUCUACAUACAGCUCUGGCUGGUCCUUCACUACAGGCACAAGAGGUUCAGUUACCAGACUGUCUUUCUGUUUCUGUGCUUGUUUUGGGCCUCUCUUAGGACUGUGCUCUUUUCAUUUUACUUCAAAGACUUUGUCACAGCGAAUUCUUUCAGCCCCUUCAUCUUCUGGCUUCUCUAUUGCUUCCCAGUCUGCCUCCAGUUUUUCACCCUGACCCUGAUGAAUCUUUACUUCACACAGGUGAUUUUCAAAGCUAAGUCAAAAUAUUCCCCAGAGCUAUUGAAAUACAGGUUGCCCCUCUACCUGGCUUCUCUUUUCAUAAGUCUCCUCUUCCUCUUGGUGAAUUUAACAUGUGCAGUAUUGGUGAGGACACAGAAUUCAGAGAGAAAAGUCAUUGUCUCUGUCCGGGUGGCAAUUAAUGACACGUUGUUUGUGCUGUGCGCUGUUUCACUCUCCAUCUGCCUGUAUAAGAUUUCCAAGAUGUCUUUAGCCAACAUUUACUUGGAGUCCAAGGGCUCAUCUGUCUGUCAGGUGACAAGUAUAGGAGUGACUGUUAUACUACUUUAUACGUCUCGAGCCUGUUACAACUUGUUCAUCUUAUCAUUUUCCCAAACCAAGAAAGUCAAUUCUUUUGAUUAUGAUUGGUACAACGUUUCAGAUCAGGCAAAUCUGAAAUGUCAGCUGGGAGACGCAGGUUACAUAGUGUUCGGUGUGAUCCUUUUUGUCUGGGAACUCUUGCCUACUUCCUUGGUUGUGUAUUUCUUCCGUGUCCGAAAUCCUACAAAAGAUCUAGCCAACGCAGGCAUGGUCCCAAGCCAUGGCUUCAGCCCCAGAUCUUAUUUCUUUGACAACCCUCGCAGAUAUGACAGCGAUGACGAUCUGGCAUGGAAUAUUGCACCACAGGGGACACAGGGCAGCUUCUCUCCGGACUACUACGACUGGGGUCAUCAGAACAACAGCUUCAUGGCUUACAUAGGAUCCCUCCAACAAGAUCCAACACUGGACACAGACCGGCCAAGCCCUAUAUAACUUCAGUCAACUACAGCAUUCUAGGACAUUCCAAUAUUAAAAGAAGUGUUCUCAAGAACAAAGCUUAGCAAUUUUUCUUCACCUUUUGGGUUUUAGAAGUGUUCCUAUGCACAGAUAAAUGAAGAACUUGCCUUUGCCACAAGCUUUUCAUAGUUCAAGAAGUGUAAGCUAAUGAUUUAAACUUUGAAGACUGUUCUAAUUAAUACCUUGUUCUAAGCCAUGGCAUUUUUGGCUUUGAAUAGAGUUGUUAGAGGGUAUAAUUUAAUCACUUUAUGCUCAUUUUAAAAGAGCAAAUCUCAUGAAGUGAAAUGGCAUAAUUAUUUUCUAAGUAUUUUUAUUUUUACACUGUGUAUUAGAUUAGGAAUACACGACUAUGAAGAACAUACUGUAAACACACAAAUGGAUUGUUCAAGUGCAUGACAGUAGCGAUUCUUAUGUGUGCAUAAAAGCCUGUAAGGGAAAAACAUCAACCCAAUUAAAUACUGUCUUUUCAAGUUAUUGCUACAACCUCAGAGCACAAUUUAUUCUUUGGAUGAUCACUGCUUACUCAAUAUGGAAGGAUGGUUGGAGGCUAAAAGUCAUCUAUGCCUCAGUUAUGAUCUCAAAACACACUGCAUACUUCUAAAAAUAAGAAAAAUGCGUCUUCUCAGCAGCGACAGGGACAGUCUCAGAACAGCAGAGACAGAAGUCCACUCUGGCUGGAGCAUUGUGAACCACAAAAAAGGCUGAAAACGUGUAAGUU